UGGACUUCAUUCCCUCUGCGCACUUCGAACCGAUCGCUCGUAUCGCUCCCGUUACUCGACAACCGAAACCGAAUUCGAAUUCGAAUCAAACUUAAAGAAGCCGAACCGAAACUCAACAAUCGCGGGACUUCGAUUCCGUUUCAAAUUCCUUUUACGCGCUAAUAUAUUAAACACUCUUAAAGGGCACAUAAAGUUCUUGAAAUUACGACUCUAGCGAUUUGUGUGUUUGUGUUUAAAGAGCAAAGUGUAAACAAUCGGGAAGAAUUGUUCCCACAACUGACGAAAAUGGGUCGCCUUUUCCAAUACAACCGCUUUGGCGCCACGGAUAACAUCAACAAGAACAUCAGCAAAAAGGAUACCCAGCAUAAGAACAAGAUGCUACGCAAUGCCAUCAAAUGUCCUGGUUACUCGGACAUCUAUGGUCACUACAAUACGGAGUCGGCAUUCGAGAAAUGCGAACAAUGGAGCAACAAGCUGCAAUUUCCAAAUGCCGGAGAUAUGGAUAAACAAGAGCCGAUCCAGAGUCGCACUCACAAGGUCUACGACAGCAUGAAGAAUUUUCUGCACCGCAAACUCUUUGCCCAACCCUCGCAAAAGGAACAGAUCUUGAACGAAGAACCCACCAGCGACUAUGAUGAGCAGGACCUUCUCGACUCCUCGUACCAUGCCGACGCGGAAGAAGAGGAGGAGGAACGCGAUGCGGAUUGCAGCUGCAGCUCCACCAGCAGUAGCACCACCAGCAGCAACCCAACCUCGCCCAAACGCUCGCCCCAGAAGUCUCUAUUGUCCCUCAACUGCUGGCAGAGCAGUCAGCCGAGCAGUGACUCCAAUCCUGAAGAGGAGGAGGAGGAAGAUGCUGAGGAAGACUCCGAUGCCGGGAUCUCCGAUUGCUGUCAACUGUUAGCUGAGAAUUCACCCAAUUCCAUUAGCAAACGCCGAAGAGGAGCUCCUCUGUUUACCAGAUACAUCAGCGCCAACCAAAACUCCGAUGAUGAUGAUGAUGAAGAACCAGAGCUGCUGGCGUGUCCUUGGUAUCAGCCAAGGAUCACGGCAAAGGCAGCAAUGGAGCACCUGCAGCAGGCCACACCUGGAAGUUUUCUUCUGCGGCGCAGUACUCCACGACAUUUCGAACUGGUCCUGCGACUGGAGAGGAGCAAAAAAGUCAAGACCUAUCCCGUGCAGUCCACCAGGAAUCAGAUGUACCGCCUGAAGGGUGCCAAGAAGCAGUUCACCAGCCUGAAAGCCCUGAUCACGCACCAUUCCGUGAUGUCCGAACAACUGCCAUUGCCAUUGGAUAUGCCCAGGGAGCGUCAUGUGGCGAAACCUUCAUCAGUGCGCUAUGCAGAUGACUUCGAGCCGUUGGAGUCCCUGCAGCUACUCGGCAUCCUGAAGAGUCUGCAGGCCAAAAGCAUCGAGAUAUAGAAAAUAAUCACUAAGCGGGGUUUCAUGGGGCGGGACAAAUAAUAUCGAACUGCAAAGGGAACGAUAGGUGAAAGUAAUUAAGGAAAUUUGUUUGUUCUAUGGUUAAGUACAUGUGAUAUAGUUUACGGACCUUGCUGGCUGAGCAACCCUCGAAUUUAGUUAAGACUACCAACUAAUUGAAAUAUUUUGUAUCCGAUAAGUAUGGGCUAAGUUUUCUAUUGUGAAAGUGAAAUAUGAAUAAAAAUCAAACAAUGGCAUUCAGCAAAAACGCA